AUGAACGAAAUGGUCCUUGAUGAUGAUGCCAGUUUGGUGUUUGAGGAGAAGAGGAAGGCAUUGACACUGGAACUUGCCCAGAAUUCUCAAAUGAGUGAUACUCACAUUGCUAUUUGGAUUGCAGGUUUCAGAGCUAAGGCUUCAGCCCAAGCAGAAGAGAUAAAACCAAUCUUGGAGGAGAUGAUUACAAAAGUCAUGGACUGGGAAGCAAAACUCACGGAGUUCGUUACACAACUCAAGGAGAUCAACAGAAAACUCAAUGAGAAAGUAACAAAACUUGAGAAGAUAUAUGGAUGUACAGAACUCGAGAAGAUGGAUGCCAUGUUGCCAUCUGCAUGCUAA